GUUGCCAAACCUGAUACAAAAAGUAAAAACUUGUUGCAUUCAAAAGUCGAGUUGGAAUCAUGUCAGGAAUUUAUAAGACCGCGGAUCCUUCACAGUGAUAUUUCCCGUGGGCAAGAAAAUGUUUCAAUAUCUUGUAUUAACGAGGUUGACGACGUACCAUUUCCGGACUUCACAUUUGUCAAAGAAUCCUUUGAAAUUUACAACGGGACGAUAAACUGGAGUAUUUCAAAAUUUGAGGGAUGUGCUUGUGACGGUGACUGUCGCAGUGGAAGAGCGUGUAGGUGCUCUGAGAGGAGCGAACGGCAGAGAAUAUGGUACAACGAGGAAGGUUUGUUAAAAGGCGACCUGCAGAAGUACGACAGGCCACUCGUGUUUGAGUGUAACAGAAUGUGCAAUUGCUGGUCGUACUGUAGAAACAGAGUGGUACAGAAAGGAAUGCAGUAUCCAUUACAACUGUACAGAACAUACAGAAAAGGUUGGGGUGUCAGAAGCCUUGCCGAAAUUCCGCAGGGAAGUUUUGUUUGUGAAUACACUGGUGAAUUAAUUUCUGACACUGAGGCGGAUGCGCGAGAUGAUGACGACUAUCUUUUUGACUUAGAUUGUAAGGAGAAUGCUCACGAAUUGUUUUGCAUUGAUGCUAAGCAUUAUGGUAAUAUCAGCAGAUUUAUCAAUCACUCGUGCGAACCAAACGUCUUCCCGAUACGGGUUUUCAUUCAUCAUAGGGACGUUAGAUUUCCAAGGAUUGCCUUUUUCGCAACAAAAGAAAUUAAUGUACACGACGAGAUAUGUUUUAACUACGGGGAUAGAUUCUGGUCGGUAAAACGGAAAGAGUUUUUCUGUGAAUGCGACACUCCAAGCUGCAAGUAUCGCGAUCGUAACAGAUAACCUUUCUUGUUCUCUGAACACAAUUCUUUUUUGCCAUCUUCCUUGUGUUGUCUUCAUCAUUAUGAUACAAUCCGUUUCAUUUUCGUUUUAAAAAAUAACGUUUCAGGCUCUGCAUUAUUUUUAUAUGUCAAUACUGUGCUUCCAGAUUGUAAGGUUUGCUUUUUAUGCCAUGUUACCAAGCAACCGCUCGGAUAUUUUUUAGAAAACCUUGGAUUUUAAAUGUUUGAAGUGUUUAGUAGUUUUUAAAUCUUGUAAGGGCAACCUCUAUUAGUUCUUUUACCUCUAAGCUCUGAAUAUCGAUUCUCUGCCAUGUCAGCCAUGUAUUUCUUAAUAUUUAAGAUCUAAUAAUUUGUUGUUCAAUCGAACAGCACUCCUAGGUUUUUUCUUUUCGUCACCCUUCCACUUGAAAAUAUAUCGAUAUUUUUAUGGAUCAAUACCUUUUUGUCUAUUUGGUCAGCGGCUCUCUUGUACGUGGAAAACUUCCUCAUUCAUAUGGGUUUUUGUGACUUAAAGCAAAAUUGAAAGCAUUAAUACAAAAUGUACAUCAGUACAUUUAAAGUACGUAUUAAUUUGAAAUGUUUUUAAGUCACUGUUUUUUAACCAAGCCAUCUUUUUUUUUUUUUAGUAUUUCAUUAAUCGGAUCAGAUAUAUUAACCAUUAGUCUUAGCGGUAAUUCAUCGUGAACAAAAUGUAACAUUAAGAUUUGACAUGUAAAAAGUUGCCAGCCGUACUGUGAUUUAGCAUUAUAUUACAAAACUUACCCGUAAGGCGAGUGAAAGGUUUGAUUUUGGGAUUUAAUACAUUAAGUUUCUAUAUAUAUUUAUAACAACGACUAUGCCUGAUAACAUUCAACAUUCCAAGAGAGUUGAUAACUUUUAUCCAUCUACAAUCUAUAUAUUUUAUUGGCUUAUCUGUGUUGCUAGGAUCCCUUAUCAUUUAUUUUGCAUCCAGUACUUUUGUGUCUCCGUUGUGUUCCUUGAUGCGGGUUCGAGUGGUAUUGGCAUAAGGCAACUUAAUAACCUCAUCCUAACUUGUAUUGGAAAGAUUGGAAAGGUUACCGAAACAGUACGAUAUGCGAGAAACUGCAUGCACAACUAAACUUUAUAAUCAUGUGGAACGUUGUGACAGUUUUUUCGGUCUGGAUUUCUACUUUCUUUUGUGGAAUACGUCCACCUUUCUUUAGCUCUAUCUUAAGAAUAUUCAAGGUAUAGAGUGUUUUGCCUUUUACGUGGGCGUAAUCUGAA